CCAGGGUCACACCUUCUCCAACCAGCUGUGCAUGCGAUAAGUCCCUCCUGACUGUGACAGACGCCCAUCGACCAUAACCCUCUGAGCGACGACGUUAAGUGAGAAAAAUUGGGCAGCGAUGAAACCUGCAACAGCUUUAAUUUGAGGACUUGACAGCGGGUUUUAACAAACGCAGGGUCCACUGGGCAUGCUCCAUGUGAUCUGAGAGGAGAGCUGGGCACGGUGUGAAUAAACAGGCAGUUUGGGCGUUUUUGAGGAGGCUUGUCGUCCUCUCAUCUCUGACUCUCAUUUUUUGUUUAACCACGCAGCACAGAAAGCAGCGUUUGCCUCCCUUCAGGCUGUGGGUGUCUUUUUCUUCAUCAGCAGUGCAUGGAGGAAAGGGAAAGUUCCUGAUCUGGGGAGCAUCUUUGUGCUGAGACAAAGAGCUGUGUCGUUACUGAGCGUCGGUGUGAAGGAGGUGAGUCUGUAGGCAGCAACAGAGGAGGCUGUGAAGGCGCUGUCCGCUCAGCACCACCGUAGUCACCUUGCUGUGAAAGUCACAACGAAGCUCAGCAGUGAUCUGAUCAAUUACUGCAACGUGGGGAGUGCAAUGAGCUGGAUGUGUUCUGCUGGCGGGGGGGAGAUGUGUCAGCGUUAGCGCUUUUAUCUCGACAUCUUGGAUUUACAGACUAUGUGACGUCCAUUCUUAGGCUACUGUCGUUGGCUGCAAUGAUUUUUGGAUUUGAUAUCCUCCAGUGAGUCCGGCAGCUAUAAGCGUCUGAAGUUGCAUGACAGACCUGUAGAAACCACAGGGUUUAGAGUGGAUGUAGCCAGGUGCGUGUCAAGCAGCCACGAUUUCUUUAUUAGUUGGUGAGAAACGACAGGUUGUUCUGAGCCUCAUUUAUGUAAUAGUUCCCAUCAGUGAGAUCCCUGUGGUGCAUAGUUUCACUCCUAGACUUACCUUUGCGAUGAAGGGAACUUAUUGGAGAAAUGCCUAAGGGACGCAAUGGGCCUGAGCGACGACAAGGAUCGCAUUGUGAUAAACGUGGGAGGGAUCAGACAUCAGACAUACCGCAGCACCCUGCGCACCCUACCUGGCACUACAUUAUCCCAGUUAGCCGAGCCUGAUGCCCCUAACCACUUUGAUUAUGAUGCCAAGAUCGACGAAUUUUUCUUCGACCGCCACCCUGGCGUGUUUGCACAUAUCCUUAAUUAUUACAGGACAGGUAAACUGCACUGCCCGGCUGAUGUCUGCGGGCCCCUCUAUGAGGAGGAGCUGGCUUUCUGGGGCAUUGAUGAGACAGACGUGGAGCCAUGCUGCUGGAUGAACUAUCGCCAGCAUCGGGAGGCAGAGGAGGCCCUUGAUAGUUUCGGCGGGGGGGGCCUGUUGGACCUGGUGAACGAUGACGCGGAGCCAGAUCUGGAGCAUGGCGAGGAGGAUGUGGAUGAAAUGACAAGGAGGCUAGCGCAGGGAGACACUCACGAUCACCGGAGUGGAAGCCUGUGGAGCCGGUGGCAGAGACACGUCUGGGCUCUGUUUGAGGACCCUUACUCCUCUAAAUAUGCAAGGUGGGUGGCACUGGCCUCGCUCUUCUUUAUUCUGGUGUCCAUCACCACCUUCUGUCUGGAGACCCACGAGGCCUUCAACGCCAUCAUCAACCGCACAGAGGAGGAGGUGGUGGACAACGUGACAGUGGUGCGCACAUACCAGGAGACUGAGACUGCGCUCUACCUCACCUACAUCGAAGGCGUCUGUGUGGUGUGGUUCACUUUUGAAUUUCUAAUGAGAAUAACUUUCUGCCCAAAUAAAUGUGACUUCAUUCGGAACGCCCUGAACAUCAUCGACUUUGUGGCCAUCCUGCCCUUCUACCUGGAGGUCGGCCUCAGCGGGCUCUCCUCCCAGGCAGCUAAGGACGUGCUAGGUUUCCUGAGAGUUGUCAGAUUCGUUCGGAUCCUGCGUAUCUUCAAGCUGACACGUCACUUUGUAGGACUGAGGGUGCUGGGCCACACGUUGAGAGCCAGCACCAACGAGUUCCUGCUCCUCAUCAUCUUCCUCGCCCUCGGUGUCCUCAUCUUUGCUACCAUGAUCUACUACGCUGAACGGAUUGGAGCUAACCCCAACGACCCUCGAGCCAGUGAGCACACGCACUUCAAGAACAUCCCGAUCGGAUUCUGGUGGGCUGUGGUGACCAUGACGACCCUCGGCUAUGGCGAUAUGUACCCUCAGACGACCUCCGGUAUGCUGGUCGGAGCCCUGUGCGCCUUGUCGGGCGUGCUGACCAUCGCCAUGCCCGUCCCUGUGAUUGUCAACAACUUUGGAAUGUAUUACUCUCUGGCCAUGGCAAAACAGAAACUACCAAAGAAGAAGAACCGGCAUAUCCGUGCCCCACAACCAGGUUCUCCAAACUUCUGUAAGUCAAGUGUCAGCUCCCUACAACCGAGCCCAAUACCCCAUGACGACGUUUUCGAGAUAAAGUUUCAAGAUUCAAAGUUGAAUGGAGAGGCAGCUAACGCAGCGCUGGCUAAUGAAGAUUGCCCUCAUAUAGACCAGGCCACAUCUCCGGAGGAAAUCUUCAGCCCCAGCGAGAGGGAGCGGCCCUGCUUCUUGGUCACCACUGCUGAACGCCCCAACCACACAGGGGGCAGAGUGAGGAGGGGUUAUGAAAAGCCUUGGAGCCUUAACAGCAUGUCUGGCAUGAGCGGGGACGCCUCUGGAGUGUCCUCAGUGUCCGCCCUGCCCUGCAGCCCACCCUGUCUAAUGCAGCACUCACAUUCUCCCAUCCCAUCCAUUAUGUAGCAUGGUUGAGUAGCAGACACAAUGACAUUGGAAGGCCAGUCAACACUCCUCCUUAUCUUACCUGUCACAUUUUGCUUUUACACUUGCCUUCACUCUUGUUUUUUUCCAUUUUUAUUUCAUUAUUUUUCUGGAAAACUGUACCUUAACUGUGUCUAAUACUCAGCGUUCCCAAGUGUUCUCCUUGGGUGUGUCAUCCUAUCCUAGACUAGAAAACAUUGGCACAUGCCACUCUGCAUGGGUCACCUCACUUGUAGACAAAGCACUGUUCUACUUCUACCACAGGCUACACUCUUUCCCUGUGUUUACAUCAUUGCCUGUUGCUCUGUUGCUUUUGAUCUCACUCUUUUGCCAAUAACUUUUAUCAUCUGCUUUUUACAACUUUGUGAAAGAGUCUUUCAUAAGAUGUAACCCAUGCUAAUAAUAUGCUGGACAUUAACAAUACAUGGCUCUGAAACAUAUCCAAAAGAUCCCACUGCCAGCUGUUAAGGGACCUUCUCUUAAGUGCUUUGUACGUUGCAAAGUAGAGACGUUAUCAUUCUGAAAGUGCAAACCAGACAAAGCUCAAUGUUAUCCGCGAAAAGAAACAGUCAAAAUGAUGCUCAUGGUGUCCAAUGCAAUAUGGAGAUGAUGACGAUUCCUAUCAUAGUAGUGAAGAAUAAGUUUAAUGUUAACAGAACUUUUGUUCAUUUGCAUGAACUGCAUGAGAAAUUAUGUUCAACAAGAAGCUAACUGUAUCGCAGUACCUGCAAGAAAAAAAAAAGCUUUUUUCUUUCAAAGGCUUCUAAAGCUUUGUCAUUUGUUAUGCAUUUUGAGACAGCUUUACAAGAGACUCAGUCAUAGCAGAGAUUUUUAUGUAGCUGCCAUUCUUUGCCUUUCCCUAAAUUCAUAUUUUUUUGCAUUUAUUUGGCUGGGGCCUCCAACUAAACUAGCAUAAUUUGACUUGAACAAUCUGUUAUAAAGCCAACAAAUGCUGUUAUGAGCAUAAAUAGUUUUUAUACAAAUAUAGGUAGUUAUUAGUUUUUAAACAGUAUCCGUAGUCUGCAGCAACUUCUAUUACUGCUGUGAUGCCUAAAUUAAGGCAUUUAAAACAAUGGUGCCUUUAUACCUGGUGAGGCAAAGUAAAAGUGAGUUAUUAUUGACAUGAUGUAACAUAAGUCCUCUCAGUGUAGCAUCAAUACACUUUAUAUCAUGCUCAUAACAGUGUAAGGUAAGCUUUAUUUACAAGGUGCACUUUUUACACCAUCCUCGUACCUUAAAUCACAGUAAACUGGUUAUUAUCGUAACACAACUCCACAAACACUAGGAUUUAACCCUAAGGGGUAAACAAGAAUAAAUAAAUAAAUGAAAAUACUAAUUUUAUAUUCCUCAUAUCAAGAUGUUUGUAUGAUAAAGCACAAAUUGUUUACAAAAAAAGGGACAAAGCUGUUCUACAGAGCAAAAAUAUAUCGAGUUACAAGAUGACACACUGGCUUCGGCAGUAUCUAUUUCUAUUGCUUUACAACGGCAAUACUGUUUUUGUCCCAAAAUAAGUAUGCACAAUUAUUUUAGGGCACUUUAAAAGAAAACAUUAUCAGAAGUGUUCGUUUCUAGAAGAAGAUAUAAGUACUGCAACUCAUUUAAGUCUUGUUUUUAUUCUGAGAGAGCAGAGUUUUACUUUUUGAGUCAUGUCUCUUGUGGUAAUUAAUGGACGUUAUAUAUUUAAGAAAAAAAAACCUUGUGAAGAUUUGAUGUGAAGAUGGAGAGGAAUUCUAUUCUCAUGCAAUUCAAGUGGGGGAAAAAAGUACAAUGCGACAGCAUGGGAUGUGGGUCUACUUGGGGAAAGGUACAUGCAUGUAUUUUCCAUUUAUGCAACAGAAAAGUAUUAAAAUAAAAUAUGUAAAUAUAAGUCCUUGCAUGAAAUAAAUUUUAUACACAACUA